UCCAGAGCUCUGAAAGCCUAUGAGAUCCUGCUCAAACUCCAUAUCCAAACAGCAUCCGAGGUUAAAGCGAUCAUGCGUGCCAUAAUCAAAACCAUUGUCAAAGUCGGAAUCGUUGUCAAACAACAAACACUGACUGAUGAACAAAUUCAGUUUGCCAGAACAGCCAGACAGAACUUUCGCAUAAUUGCACUUACCACUAUCAGUUUUACUCGUGUCUCUUACACUUAUGAUCGGCCCUAUCUGGACAAAGUCAUUUUGGAUUGUCAGCAAACUUUGAAACGAUGUGUGACAGAUUUACUCAGCGAGAAUUCACACGAUCGGAUUGAUCUGGUGUUUAAUCGAUUACGUAGCCCUCAACUACUAGACAGUAUAUUUAGUGAACAAGCGACCAAAGAACAACGCCAAGCACUGGUCGAACUCUGUGACCUACUGGAAAUCCUUGUAAAUCCAAAACCCCAGACCUGA